GCCGGUCCAUUUGGAAUUUGUAAACACUCAUAAAAAAACACCCUUUCUCUCACUAUAUAUCUCAAGCUUCCAUUUUGUUAUGUUCUCUCUCUUUAUAAAAGGCCAAACUCAACUGAGUGGUGGUGGGUGCGGCUGUAACUGUUUAAGAAGCUACCCAAACAUCUCUCUGUCUUCUUCUACAGUCCUUUGCUUUCUCCUUUAACCCAAAUCUCUCGUUCCCUUAACCUUCCCAAUUCCACGGUCAUCUCAUAAUUUCAUUUCAUUGCUUUUGGUUGGAGUUAGAGGAAGCAGCUAUGUUGAAUUUCAAAUGGAGAUAUGGUGCUGUUUGUAAUGAUUUUUGGACUGUGUAUUUGUGAGAUUUGAACCUCGCUGCUAAUGGCCUCAAAGGUUUCCAAGACAAGCAAAUCCGAGCUGGCUACUCUUGAAUCGGUAGGGACUACAUCGAAACAAGUUGUGGGAGAGGCUUCCGAAAAGAAAAGGUCACCGAUUUUAGAUCAAAAUGGUUCUGUUGAAUCUUUAACUAAUAAGUUGGAAUCAAGUUCAUUGGUGUCAUGUCUUAAAAAAGCAUCGAGUGGAGUAGAUUCAUCCAUUUACGAGGCUAGAGAUUCACCUGAAAUCUCUGUUGAUCAAGAAAAGAAAACAUCGGAAUAUGGAAGUGUUAAAAGCAGCUCGGUAUCUGCCAAAGUUAGCGACGGGACUAGUAGUCUUGCCAAGAUUAGUGACCGUCUUGAUUAUGUUGAGAGUGGCAAGAGCAGCAUAUGUAGAGGCAGUACAAGCAGUGAUGUGAGCGAUGAAAGCUCGUGUAGCAGCUUUAGUAGUAGUAUCAAUAAGCCUCAUAAAGCGAACGAUUUGAGAUGGGAAGCUAUCCAAGCUGUUAGGGCAAAAGAUGGGAUUCUCGGUUUAAGCCAUUUUAGACUACUAAAGAGGUUAGGUUGUGGCGACAUUGGGAGUGUCUAUCUAUCAGAGUUGAGUGGAACUAAGUGUUAUUUCGCAAUGAAAGUUAUGGACAAAGCAUCUUUAGCAAGUCGUAAAAAGCUGCUUCGAGCUCAAACAGAAAGAGAGAUACUGCAAUCUCUUGAUCACCCGUUCCUUCCUACUCUUUACACGCAUUUUGAAACGGAGAAGUUCUCGUGUUUGGUAAUGGAGUUCUGUCCUGGUGGAGACUUGCACACCCUUAGGCAGAAGCAACCAGGGAAACAUUUUCCGGAACAAGCAGUAAAGUUUUAUGUAGCAGAGGUCUUGCUAGCACUAGAAUAUCUUCACAUGCUCGGGAUUAUCUAUCGUGACCUUAAACCCGAAAAUGUUCUUGUAAGAGAAGAUGGUCAUAUAAUGCUUUCUGAUUUCGAUCUUUCCCUUCGUUGUACUGUUAGUCCGACUCUUGUCAAAACGUCUUCUCUCGAAUCAGAGCCGUUAAGGAAGAACCCUGUUUAUUGUGUUCAGCCUGCUUGCAUCGAACCUUCGUGCAUUCAACCAGCUUGUGUUGUUCCAACAACAUGCUUUUCUCCCCGUCUCCUUUCUAGCAAGUCCAGGAAAGACCGCAAGCUGAAAAACGAAGUCGGUAACCAAGUGAGUCCUUUACCUGAGCUAAUAGCAGAGCCAACCGAUGCACGUUCAAUGUCAUUCGUCGGGACACAUGAGUACUUGGCUCCAGAGAUCAUCAAAGGUGAAGGCCAUGGAAGUGCUGUUGAUUGGUGGACUUUUGGAAUCUUCCUCUAUGAACUCUUGUUUGGUAGAACUCCUUUCAAGGGAUCCGGGAACCGAGCAACAUUGUUCAAUGUCGUAGGACAACCUCUUCGGUUUCCAGAAUCACCCAUUGUGAGUUUCGCAGCAAGGGACCUCAUACGAGGUCUACUCGUAAAGGAACCACAACAUAGAUUGGCUUAUAAGCGAGGUGCAACCGAGAUUAAACAACAUCCUUUCUUCGAAGGUGUGAAUUGGGCAUUGAUUCGUUGUGCUACUCCACCCGAGAUUCCAAAGCCAGUCGAGCUUGAACGAGUACCAGCUUCACCGGCAUCAACAAGUGAAAAGGUUGCUGUCAAUGCAGCUGCUUAUAAUCAGAAAGGAAGAAUUAUUAUGAACAUCUCAAUGGUUGUCAGUCAUCCGAGGCUGAAGGUUUCUUGUUGAUGGAAACAUUACAUGGAGAAAAUUGUAUGUCUGUUGUUGCUACCUAUUUAACAAA